UUCGUUUGGUCCGCCUCUCGCCUACCGACUAAAUUCGGCUGUUCUCGUCGCGAAGCGUCGAAGCGGCGGAGGAAAACGGAAAGGAGAGGGGGGAGACUGGUCGUACUGGGAGGGGAAAAAAGUAAGCGAUAAUUUAAUAUUAACACCAACCGUCAGCGGAAAGUGAAAGCAGUGCGAAUCGGCAGCUUUGAAGUCUCCAGUGAGGUCCACGUAGCUGGUUUUCCACAGUCUAUGGUGUAAACACGUUAGUGUAGUUGUGACAUUGCGCCGUGAGCGACACAGCAGAGGGAAAGGUCUCCUCCCAGUCUGUUGACGGAUACAGUUUGGCUUCAGUGAAAGGAGACACGGCUAGACCUGACUGUACAUUACCCCGGCCAGUGUUAAUUUGCCCAGGAUGUCUUCGAAGGCUCACAGUUCCAAUAAUAUCGCCCAUGCCCGACGGACGGUGCAGCAGCUGAGAAUAGAGGCGAGCAUUGAGCGGAUAAAGGUAUCCAAGGCCUCUGCAGACCUUAUGAACUACUGCAGUGAAAACGCCAGAAACGACCCUCUCCUUAUGGGUAUCCCCGCUUCAGACAAUCCCUUCAAGGACAAAAAACCCUGCACUAUAUUGUAGUGGAUGCCAUUUAGUCUUUACAUGUGGUUUUUUUUGGCUUAUUAAUGUUGCUGUAUUCUUUUUGUCGGGAGGAGGAAGGGGUGGACUGUGAUCGUAUCAUUACCAUGUGUUCACCUGUUCUGUUAACAGUAAUCAGCAAUUCAAAUACCAUUUUUUAUUUGUUUUUUCAAAGACAGCGAUUUGUGACCCUGGCUGGGACACUGUUCAGUUUGAGCUCUGACCACUAACAAGACUUUGGCUGCAUGAGUUGGUAUGGCAUCAGGUAUAUAUUGUUGCUUAAAUAAUAACUAACAUUCGAUAAUAUUAUUGUCUGAAUAUUGUAACAGCAUUGACACAGUGAUGGAUUUGGUCCUUCCUAUGUCAACAGUCUCCUAUCCAUCAGGCUCUGACUGUUAUUGUCUGCCUGGUUUGCCUUAAGUGGAUUCAUGCAGCCAAGGUUUUCCUCCAGUCCUUUAAAACCAUAUUAAUUCUCAGAUGCAUAACAAUGGCUCUUAUCAUGUGGCUUCAUAUAAUUCCUACCAGUAUUGUACAGAUUUUUAGCUGUUCACUUAAUCCAAGUGUUCGCUUCUGCUCAAAUGUUACUAUGAUGUAUCUUUGAUCGGGUUGACAUGUCACUGUAUCUGCUGUGAAAUCCACAUCCUCAAAAGUAUUCUGCAUCCCAUCACAGCUGCAGCAGCUCUGACUGGUCCACGACAAUCCACAUGCCAUUUAACACAUUGUUUUCCUGUCUGGUAUUAGCAGGUACGAUUACCAUGAUACAGUGUUGUCUCAAGCAGAUUUAAUGAACUGUAAUGUCGAGAUAAGUUCUAUAUAAACAUCUUUAAUCCAAGAUCAUCUUUGCUCAGAUUGAAGCCAUUGGGAUAAUAUGCCCCCAGUGCUGUGAUGCUUUUUGGAAAUUUGUCAGCUGUAAAUGUAAAACACAGAGUUAAUGAAGUGGAAAUACUUUGAUACAUUAAUGCAGUUCAGAAAUUUUCUUUUUCUUUUUUUAUUGAAAGUGUAAGCUGUAUGCAGCACUGUGUAAAGAAGACCCUGGGACCAAGCCAAACAAGUUAAACAGGAGUUUAGAACAUCUGAAUAUGUGUCUGAAUGAGACUAUUUUUAGCCAUUUCCUUCAGAAAAUUUACUGUGGUACGCUAUUAUUAUAUACUGACGGCAUGGAGCGCGUCACCGAACAUUACGCAACACUGUGAGCCACGCCUCUUUGCUUAUCACAACAAGUGUCUUAGUUGAGCAAAUGUGCACAUCAUUUGUUGGCUUAAAGUGUUUCUGGCACAAGUGUUGUAGGUACAGGUACAAAUGGUGGUGUGCAUCAAUGAUAAAAACCACUCUCCCGCUCUCAAAUGUGUUCGCGUUUUUCAGUUUAAACUAAACAGUUGUGUCGGUGGGGGUCUUUAAUCUUCAGUCUAACAUGUCCUUCAUGUUGUGAUUCUCUGGGGAGACAUAUCUGCUAUUGUAAAAUUUAACAAAAAAAAAUUGAAUAGAUAGCAUAAAUUAAAUAUUUCUUUCACUCUAAAGCCUUACCUAUGUUUGCCUUGUAACAAGAAGAACUCUUAAUGGGAGUACAUAAAAAAAUGUUUCUAUCACAUGUUUUUAUCUGUGGGAUGAAAGUGAUUUGUAACAGUAUUGUGCCAUCUGUUUUUGUCUACAUGUCACUAGCAGAACAUGUUAAAUCGUGUUUCACUUACCUGGUGCUCUUCGCUUUUCAGCAGUUUUGGUAUUGUUGCCUUCUCCAAAGGGUACGUUCAGGUCUUCAAAUCAGCAAGAUCUUGUGUUAUUAUCCAAUUGUUGUUUUGUUGUUGUUGUUUGUUUGUUUGUUUGUUUUUUUAAAGUGAUUGUCUCUAACAAUCAAUUUUUCUUACUUGCAAUAAAAUCAUUCCUGUAUGCCUCUGAAAGAAAAGGUUCAGAUUACCACUGCCAUGUCAUGAUUUCUGUCCGUUCGGCAACUCCGUAACGGACUUCUUGUACCAUUGAUGGAUAAAUUUAACAGAAUCUGCAUUUUGAUAAAUGUCUUUAAUGACCAACCUUUGUAUGAAGAACCUAACAAAGAUUAAUAAAGUGAAGCAUUCCUGCAGUACAAUACUGCACUAAUAUCUCAAUAAAUAUGUGUUGUGCGGCACAGUUGGAAGA